AUGUCGCUCGCUUUCGUUUUUGCCAGCGUGCUUUUCGCGCAGUCACUCGCUCUCGAUCCCCAAUCGAACACCUGCCUACGGAGAACUUUGGCCGUAUAUACGAGCGCUUCGGAGACCUACGUCGUUACAGACCUGGGAACCACCAGCUUUGCGGCUCCACCAUCCUUCUGCCCUAAUGUUAGCGUUUCGACAUCGACAUCGACUGUGAUCAGGCAGAACACCAUCACUAUCACCGAACAGAAUGCGCCUGCAGAGCCAUCACCAACGCAGUCAGAUGAUGGCGCGUCAACCGUGGCCGACGCUGGGUUCGAAGAUGGAGACGCAAACCCGUUCAAUACUUCUUCUUCGGGCCCGGAGGUCACAGCGCAAGUCGCUCAAGGAGGUCAGGGAAUGCCGCUUCAACCAUACGCUGGAGACAGCUUUCUUCUGAUUACGUUCAACAACUCCGGUCCAUCUGGCUCAAAGAUGCGACGCCAGGCUCCAGCGCCGCUAUUCUACAAUGUCUCCCAAGGCUUUGCUGCAGUGGCCGGUAAACAGUACACGUUCAGUGCCUACGCUGCGGUAGCAUCCAAUGGUGGCUCAAGUCCAGACUGCUCUAUCACAAUCUGCGAUACCAGCUCUUGCGGUGCUAGUGUUCCGAUCACGAGCAGCUACUCGCAGUUUACCCACUCGUACAAUGCGGUAUCUUCCGACCCAUCUGCGAUUGCAAUCUUCAGCAUUACUUGCGCACAGUCUGCUUCAGUAGCACUGGACAAUCUGGAAGUAUCGACAGGAAGAGCUGCUUCUAAUCCUGCUGGAACAACCGUUUUUCUGACAUCCACCCUGACAGUCACACAAAGUCAGCGGACAGAGACUCUCACUCAGAUGGCGACCGGACCGAACGGUGUCAUCACCGCGACCACCGUAGUAAAUGUGCCUCAGACACAGUACCUCAACUUGACUGGUACAGCAAGCUCGCUUUCUACCACUACAACGACGAUCACGAGGACUCUAAACUACACCACAAGCGUCGAUCGCCCGUCCGUGGUCGUUGAGACGGCUUACGCCACUCUCACGCCUUUCGAUCAGACCCACACGCUUCCGCAAGCGACCUAUGUGGAGACAUCGAUCGUCUAUUCGACUGAAGUGCAGACAAGCUAUUUGACGAUGACUCUCCCACAAGAGACUCAGAGCGUGCCAUAUACGCUUCCUGCCGAGACGCACACUCCGCCAGCGGAGACAACGAUCGCGACCUUCACGCUCUCGCCUUCUCUCAUCACUCGCUAUAUUACUCUGACGCCGCCACCCGAGACGAUGCUGGUCCAGGUCACACCACCAGCAGCGACCCUGCCUCGAGCAACGGAGACAUCAAUUCCGCCAGCAGAGACCACAACCGCGACACUGACGCUUUCGCCGUCUCUAAUCACCGAAUUCAUUACUUUGACUCCACCACCAGAAACGACGCUGGUGCAAGUCACUCCUCCGCCGGAGACGACGGUGUCCGUUCAGAGCGUUUAUCAGAACGUGACACUGCCUCAAAUCACAGAGACGUCACCACCGGAAACCUCAUUCGUCACGGUGACAUUGCCAGCGACUACAAUCAUCUCAACGGUUACAAUCACCCCAACGCCGAUCACUGAGUUUCGAACAGAAACUCUUCCAGCGGAGACCUCCAUCGUUAUCUCUACCGAAAUCGGCACCACCGUUGUCGUACAGACGGAAACUCUGCCGCAGGCUACACAGACGAAUGUCGAGACGACCACCGAACCACCAACUACGAUCCUGGCUGCGACCACAGAGCUGCGGAAUAUCACGUAUACUACUGCUCCAAUGGCACCAGCAUCUGACGCACCGCCUCCACCGCCCGCCGUGGCUUUGGCUUCGCCGACUCCCAUCAUCGCUGGAGCGGACGUCCCAACCUAUGGAGUGGACGAUGAUGUAUACCCGAUCACCCUACCAUUCCCGGUCACCAUGUACGGGCAAAGCAACUCCCUGCUCUACGUUACAUCAAAUGGGGUCAUUAGCUUUGCGAACUCAUAUGCAUACAGUAAUACUCCAAUGCCUGCGGCCCCUUGGUCCGCAGCGGCAGUCCUAGGCUUGUGGAGCGAUCUUUACAUCUACCAAAACACUGACCAAGGCAUCUACUAUCAAGUCGACGGGGCGUCGCCAAAUCGCCAGGCAACAUUCGAGUUCUACCUCUCGCACAUCAGCUCAACGUGCCAGUACUACCACUUCCUGAUCAAGUUUUACGAGAAUUUGCCGAACUUUGUCAACGUCCAGUACCUCAACGUCAGCGACAAUGGCGGGCAUGAGACCGUGGGAAUUCAAAGUGGAAGCGGAUUCGGGAACAAGUUCGUACAGCUGUCGUAUAACCAACCGGUGGUUUACCCAGGGAUGGACUUGCUCUACUAUACUGAAGGCGGCACCAAUGGCAAUGGCGUGAUCAUUACGAACAACCCUGGAGAUUCAAAUAGUCCCGUGACGGACUUUAAUCGGAACGAUUGUGUGGGAAGGGGUAACUACUAG